ACCACCACCAUGUCCGCCAUGACCGAGUCUCGCCAGCAAGUCUACGUCUCGCAGGGCUUCUCAGAGCCCAUGAGCGCCCAGCACAACUUUGCCAACAACUUUGACCUCAACGACCCCGAGCGCGCCAUGAGCGAUUACCAAAGAAUCAUGCACGAGCACACCAAGCGCCAGCUCACCACGGCAACCGACUCUGCCCGUCGACGAAGUGGAUCAUCAGGCGAUUCUGUUAGCUCUACCGCCAGCUCAUAGCGCGUCACCGCUCGUCCUUUUCGACCCUUUUUCCAUUCACGCGUCUGAGACGCACCAUAGUCCCAUGGCUUUCUGUGCAUGGGACAUGAUCACAUAAUCGUCUCGUGCUUAUUGCAUGAGAGGAAGGGCUGGCGUUUUUGGCUUUACACAUUAGGCUUUUGCCAAUGACAUGCACGGAGCGGUGUUGGAUGCGAUUAGCGAAUACCUUGUUCACACGAAUCAAUCAAUUGACAACGGCUCCUCAACAGGACGAGGAG